UAUUGCCGAUUUCGAUCAACAAAAACUAAGAAAAAGGACCGGAGUGAAUUUUCACCAAACUGAAGAGGUGAUUAUGUAAUUCACAGAAAAGUCAAUAGACUACACUAUUUAUACUGGAAUCAAACUUUGGAGACGAUUGCCGGAACUGAAAAAAACUCUCUCGGGGAAUGGCAGGAAUGGCUAUGUUUACCUCUAAUCUCUCCAGCGAGAUUGGGUUGAAAUUGCUUCUUAGCCCGCUUAAUACUAAUGUUGUUGUCCGCACUGCAUGUUGUUCUGUAGGGAUUGUUUUGCCUGUUUAUUCUACCUUCAAAGCAAUUGAGAUGGGUGACCAAAAUGAGCAACGUAAAUGGCUUUUGUACUGGGCAGUGUAUGGAUCUUUCAGUAUAGUUGAAGCAUUCACAGAUAAAUUUCUCUACUGGUUCCCACUUUACUAUCAUGUGAAGCUCGCAUUUCUUGUUUGGCUUCAACUUCCAUCUGCUGAGGGUGCUAAGCAGUUGUACACUAACCAUCUGCGCCCUUUCCUCAUGAGACAUCAAGCAAGACUGGAUCAUAUUUUGGAGUUAUUCCAUGGAGAAUUGGCUAAAUUUAUCAGCGCUCACCAAACAGAAAUCCAGUAUGCAAAGGUGCUUCUUGGCAAAACUCUAUUAUCAGUUGGGAAUAUUCUUCAGCAACCUGCGCAAGGACGAGUUGUUGGUACAAUUGAAGGGCCAGCAGAGCAAGUAGAGACUUCAGAGUCGGAAGAUGAGUCAUGAUGCCCUUUUGAAAAUCAGAUAAAAAGUACCCUCUCUCUGCCAUACUUCAUAUCAACUUAGUUUAGCUUACGUUCAUUUUCAUACUGCAUCUUUGAUGCAAAAGUAGAUAGGAGUGAUCAGUGUAGACAUAAUUUUCUAAGGAGCCAAUUUUGUUGUGGGUUUGUGAGUUUCCUUCUCCUUUUGUUGUUGUGGGGUUUGAGAGUUUCCUUCUCUGUUUUCCUGUAAAUAUAUCAACAGAAAGUGCUGAUUUCCUUCAAUCUCAUAGUCAUUACAAGGUUUCUCAAUAUUUGACAUGUUGAAAUUUGAGUGCUUGCGAAUUACGCUAUGUACCAGUGAGGUGCAGCGGUAUAAUUAAACACCAAAUGCCCUUCUUCUAUCGUUAA